AUGAGCGGCCCCUACAACUACGGCUUCAGGCCUCCCCACGGCCAGUCGCCAAUGAGCCCUGAGACCCCGACGAGUGCAUACAAGAUCGACGUCAAGAGGACAAAAACGAAGAAAUGGGUCGAGGCGAAGACCCAGAAUUACGAUGGCGAUGACUGGGGCAAUGAUUUCGAUGACGAGCCUGACGAGCCGGUACCUGUGCCGCCUCUCAAGCCGACGAUGGGCUUCCGUCAGCCGAGUCCCAGCCAGGCGACGACCGCGAACCUGCCAUCCAACCAGCCGCUUACGCCGCAAUCUGCAGGACCUGCGUCCAUGAUGCGACCACAGCAGCCGGCCACGAACGAGUCGGCAUUGUCAAGCAGCCCUCGGGCCACAGCCGGCCUUCCUCCUCUUCAAACCCAGACACCACCGCGACCUGCGCCACCCAUCGUCCAUCCCGAGUCGAGUGAUAUCAGGCCUCAGAUUGUCUCCGGACCAUCCUCGAUGGAUAGUGUUUCUGACAAAGGCCCGUACGAACACCUUGUGUCGCCGCAGUCAGCCAAUAUCGGCUCUGGGCCUGGUUCCAAUGCUGGUCGUCACGAAGCACCACCACUUAAUGUAACCUCCCCCGUAGGCGGUAGACGCACCUCGCCAGCGCCGCCGCAGCAGCAGCAACAGUCGCAACAGCCUGCGCAGCCGCAGGCUGCUCGAUUCCCGCCUCGGAAGAGCAGCAUGGGCCAGCAUGAUGCUGAUCGCCAAGCAAACUCUCGCUCUGGUUCCACCCAGCCGCCGUGGAUGGAGCAGCGAUCCAGGUCUCCUUCGACUGUGAGAUCGCCAGGCACGCCCUCGAACGCCAAGGCGCAACCUUUCGUUCGGCCUUCGGACAUCUAUCGUCGCGCAGAGAACGAGAGGGAGAAGGAACGAGUAUCCACGGAGUCGGGACGGCCUAGCUUGGACGGCGUUGGUGGUCCAAGGACUGAACGGUCGAUUUCUCCUGCAAAUGCACCUGCCGGUGUUGGAGCUGGUGAGCAUGUGAGGGGGAAUGAUUUGGGUUUGAGUAAGCUUCAAGGAGAAGACGCACCCCAAGGUAACCAGCGGCCCGUUUUGGAGCCGGUCGCAGAGAGAAAGAGCGAGUACGGCUUCGACCGCCUGCUUUCCCAACCCCAAAGUCAAGACCAGGCGCUGCCGCAGCCGCAGCCGCAGCCGACAACGAACAUCACCACAACAAAAUCUGGAAGCCCCCAAUUGGCUGUGCCUGCGCAUGCGCCUGAACCACAAUACCAACGCCCAACCAACGAAGAGGUCGCCGAGCAACGCCGCUACUCUUCUAGCCCUCGACUGCCAGACCUUGCUCGUAUGUCCCUUUUCGGCGACGAUUUCUUUUCCAACCCGGGCAAAUUCGCCGACGAUGCACCGCCAAUGCCUUCUCUGAACUCGCAGCAGUCUGGCGCAGCAUUGCCGGCCGAGAAUUUGUCAACCAUCGAUAGAACAGCAACCCCCGCUGCGUUGUCGACCUCCAGUAUAACCCCUCAGCGAGCCGAGUCUCCGAUGGCCUCUGGCCAACCUGACAAGAUGGAACCCGUCUCGCCGGCACAACCGCCGCCAACCAAGGAGAAUGAUGAGCCGGUUGGACUGGGCUUGAAUUCUCUGCCGUCACGGCCAUCCCUUCCUGGAGGCUGGGUUACGGAGACGCGUUCGGUGACCGAUGAACAAACGCCUCCUGCUGUGGCAGAAAAGAAGACGGCAGGCAUGGAUCCGGGCGAGGUCUCCCCCAUAACUGACAACGAAGACGAUGAACUCCGCGGCAGCGGUCUGGCGACUGUCAAGGAUAGGGUGUCGAUACCGGUUUCCAUCCCCGAGGCUUCGGCGCGUGUGCCUCAGUCCCACGACCGAGAUACCGACAAGGCCGAAGCCGCCGUUAAGCCGUUGGCCCCGCUGAACCCUCGACCGUCCGACCACUCUCCAUCGGAUUUCGUUCCGCCUGAGAAGCUGCAGCGCGAAUCAACAAUGAGCACGGUCACGUCUCCGUCGCCCGUCAAGGAAAGCGAUAAGCUGAGGGAGGAAAUCAUGCGCAGCCUUAGCCCCGUUCGACCUACAAGUGACUUCAACGACUUCAACAAGAACCAGGCAUCCGGCCUAACGGUGGAGGACAACGGUCCUCGCGAAAGCACCUACCUGCAUGGCGUCUACGAUGACUACUGGACUGCAGGCGAUGACAAGCCCGACGUUCCUGAGUUGCCCAAAAAAGCAGAGAUGGAUGUCAAGUCUUCGGAGAAAGAGCGGGACAUUUCCGGCGUGCCUCCGUUAAGCCCGCGCAAGGAGACCGCAGGAACAUCCCCGAACCUUGGCCGGCGAUUUUCCUGGGAGGGCGGGUCGGAGCAGGUCACGCCAGGGCCAGCCGACCCUCAAAACAACCUCUUGUCCGAACCUCAACUGCAGACUGCCUCUGCAGCUGUUGUCAGCCCAUCUCUUCCCUCCCAGGAUGCCCAACAGCCACGAGCCGCGUCGUCUGAACAGCCAAGAGGCGCCGAGCAAGCGCAGCCUCCCACCACCACUACGGACGAGACGCAUAUUGCAGUGCCUCCAAAUUCAGGCACGAUGUCACACCAAGUGUCGCAGGUGAGCUCGGUGCCGAGAGAUCGGUUGGGUUCAGAGGCCAUCGAACCUCCGUCGCCAGUGUCAGUUGUGACUGAUAAGAACAAUGCCUCCGCCGCACCAACCCGCCGGCUGUCCCUCGCGGAAGAAAAGUCAAUGGUUCGGGUCUCGUCCAAUCCCGUGUCGCCAAGCCCUCCGCCGGGUGACCACCCGGCGCUGGCCCAGUCUGCGGAGGCGACGCCGCCGCCUGCAUCACCCGAACCGUCACAGCAGCAACCCGUCGCGCCUGUCAAGAUUACGAACUUCAGAGACAUCAUGGAGCUCCAAAGCGCAUCGGAGAGGAUCAACAAGUACAACGAAACAAGAGCGCAGUUCGCGUCAAUGGAUUCCGGACUAGACAACUGGCUAGUCAACCUCAAGUCCCAGCAUCCCGAGCACGCAAACGCGACUGCGUCGUUCGCAACCAACAUCUCGAACGCUGGCCAGGGGCAGUCUUCGCCGACGACGUCUCAGCCGAAUUCCCAGCAGCCAUACUAUCAACAGUAUCUCAACGCUAGCUCAACCAACGUCAGUACGGCUGCAGCUUCAGGUCGCCCUCCCGCGGGCAGCGUAUCCAUGGGGUCCCAUUCGCCUUCGAGCGAUUUCAAGCAUUCGAGCGGUCAAGUUGGGGCGAAGGGCAAGGGACUGUUGCUUGCGGCGGGUAAGGCGGGUAAAGGUCUAUUGAGCAAGGGAAAGAACAAACUCCGUGGCACUGGGGACAAGAACGACUCUUCUCCCCCGCCGGCCCAAGCCCAGUCCAGGACCAAAGCAGAGCGGCGUACGUCAUGGGGCAUUAGCCUCGGAACCCGCUCAUCGCCCCGUGCCGACAGUCAUGCGCGUUCAGCUUCAUUAUCAGGAUCGCUGUCAGGCCCAGCUCCUAGUUCACAGACCAUCCCGGAACAUCCGGCUUCCCCGACUCCACCGCCUCAACUGCCCCAGACAUCGCGUAUCUCCCCAUUCGAUACCUUGACUCAGGAUAGACAGGCUUCGGCUUGGGCCCCACCUCGGCCCCAGACCCCCAAGCAUCCCGCCGGUGCUCUCCGGGACAGCGAUUCGGAGCCCGUGUCGCCCGUGUCGGACACCCAGUCUGCAUCGGCACCCAAGGGCCACGACAAGGCCGAUGAUGACGGCUUCGACAGUGGUCUCGGUGGCGGCGGCGACCUUCAGGUCCCAAGACCCAUUAGCAAGACCCAGCCUUCGUGGGACCCAUUCACAGGCACACCCUUGGUUGAGGAGGAGGGUUUCGAGAUGGGUCAGUCCAGGGAUCCGAGUCCUCAUGCGCAUCAUGCUGCCCGUGCUUCUUCCGUUGCGCAAGCACAAACCACCACUUCAUUAGCCAAGAACUCCACUGAAGAUGAUGAUUGGGUAGUGGUUUCGCCGCAGUCGCCUCCUUCAGGUCAGGUUUAUGUGGUGUCCCCUGAAUCACCUCCUUUAGCGCGUUCUUUUCAACCCAUCGAAGUCAGUAGAGAGAUUUCUGCGAAUGAGGAUGAUGAAGAAUCUGCCAAUCGGGGUGCUGUUUCCCUUGCGCAGCAGGCGCAAGGUCAAAUCCAACAUCACCAGCCGGGACAACAAGAUCAGCCAACGACGCAACAUGGCCAGCGGAUUCAACAUCUUCCCCAACAAGGGACUGGAUACCAGGCACCACAGCAGUACCAAUAUCAGCACCAGACUCGCGAGCAACUUCCCUCGCAACAGCAACAGGUGUCUCCUCAGCGCCAGUCCUCCUUCGUCGGUCUUCCGCCCAUUCGCCGAACUUCGACCUUUGGUAUGAAUUUCACCAAGAGAGCCAAAAAGCGUUUCCCCUUGGAUGAAGAUGAAGACGAUGGUCAUGGUCUUGUAUCAUCCCCCGUCGGUACUACAUCCGCGCACUUCGGACAGAACACAGGUAGUUCGACGCAAGGGCAGCAAGCCGGAGAUGGCGCGUUUGUUGAGUCUUCACAGCCUGUUCGAGUCGAGACAGGACUGUCUGCUUCUCGAAAAGAUAGUGCCAUGUCGCAUCAAGUUAUCUCAGCGACGUCCACCCAGGCGGCAACCCUGGCAACAGAGAGCACUGGAGUUGACUGGAGAGUUGACGACGAGAAGAGGCCUUUGGAUCCUCAGCAAUCCUUCCGACCCGGUGGGCCCGUUCCCCGUCCCAUUGACACGAAUUUCGCGACAUCACAUGACGGGCGCAGCGGAGGCCAGCCAUUAGCUCCCGGAAUGCGGUCUCAGCAAGGAGUAGUUCCCCCGACUGUCGGCGGCAACCCUAUCCAGCAUCUACCGCCACAAGGCCCGUGGAAGCUGGAAGAGUCUCAUCUGUCAGAGCCGCUUCUGCCUGCUAGCCGUAGUCGCUUGUCAGGUAGCUCAACGUCUCCUCAUCAACCAUUCUUUGGCUUCGAUAAGGAGACUGGAGUCCCUUCGCCGAUGGCUCCACGACAAGAAACGCAGCUGCCACCUCGGCAGAAGUUCUCUGAGGUCCCUCCGUCAUCAGCACAGCGAUAUCCGGAGCUGUUUACUUCACCGCCGCAAGGCUAUCCGAACCCCGGUUCUCCAACUGGACCCCGAAGCUCUUUUGACGCAGGACACCACUUAUAUAAUCGAGACAACACCUCCCUCCAGCGGACGCGGACGGUCGAUUCUGAAGUGAGCAGCGUUGAACCAUCUGGAGAUGACGAACGCGGUCGAGGCAAGCGCGGGUCAGGUUUCUUCAAAGAAGUCGGUGGUCGUUUCUCACGCACGUCUUCAAGAGAAAGGCAAAAUUUCAAAGACGAGGUCGAACCUACUGGUCAUCCUGCCGAAUCUCUCGAGAGGGAAAGAAUGUCCGUAUCAAGCAUUGGGACGGUAGAGAUGCAGGACCGGCAAAGGCGCCGGUCGAGCUUUUUUCUCAACUUGCGGGGCCCGAAGCCAUCGGACGCGGCUCAAGCUCAAGAAGGUGAAGGAAUUCCACCGUCGCCCAAAGCAAGCCCGAAUCCUGCCGUCUCUCCGCAGAUUCCACACCCUGGCGGGCCCGCAGAACGGAAGCGCUCAUGGCUCGGUCCAGGAGGUAACGACUCAGCAGCGGCUCCCCCCAGUUUGUCCCGCUCGUCAACUUCGACUGCUGGAAACGAACCAGCUGGCGGUCCCAAAGACCCUCCGAAGAAACGCUUCUCUGGUCUGAAGGUCUUCAACCGUACGUCCAGCCAGCAGGACCUGCAACCGCCUCCAAAGCCGAGUACUUCUCAUUCAGUAGCGUCAUCCUUCCACAGCCAUCAUUCUGGGAAUCAGCUUGGCGUGUCCGAUUCGCAAGUCACCCUCGGGAGAGAACGAAGCAAUACCACAGGAUCUGGCCCGUACGGGCUGAUGCAGACGAACAAACACUUGCAAACUGUAGGCGAGGAGGACCGUGGAAGAAGAAGUUCGGCCAGCGGCUUUCUCUCCGGCUUGUUCGGCACUCGAUCGUCCAAAACUCGAGAGGCACAGCAGCCGGCGGAUAUUGCGUCGCAGCAAAAUCAAGAUCCACCGCAGUUCAGGUUGCAACAACAGUCUGGAAAUCAGCUUCUUCCUUCAAGCUUGGGACCCAAUCGCCAAAUGGGGCCACUGCCCAUGAGAGGUCCACCGCAACAGUUCGAGUCCCAGCCGCAGCAGACAUCCCUCGCCCAGUCGUCGCAACAAGCCACAAAUGCUGGACCUCAAGCGCAAGCGCUGGAGCAGCGACGAGCAGACGUGUCUUUCUUGCCGGUUUCGCAGUACUCGCAACCUCGAAGUCCUCCCUUGGAUUCACAACAAAGCCGUCACUUGGCCAUGACAGGAGCACGACCAGUAUCCGAAAUCGAGAGUGAGGACCAGAACGUACCCGGGAGAGAUGUUCCUGGUGCAGGCCUAGUUCAAUGGGAAGCAUGCCUAGCCCUCAGCCGUACCAAGAGCCUCAAUAUGAUCAAGUCCCUAUUCCUCGGGGCUACGCCGCCGUUCACGGCGAGGGAGGCGUGGCUCCCUCUCCAUAUGAUAUCGGACGUCCCUCGCCUCCCGCUCAGUAUCCUCACCACCAGAUGCCGUCAGCCCAGCAAGCAUGGGCCCCGCCCUAUGGACCUCGAAGACACCUGUCGGAUACACCGACGUACAAUCAACCGCAGGGCCCGUCGCCGCAAGCUCAGCCGCAUAGUCAAUUACAAGUCCAAAGCCGUAGCCAACCCAUGGCAUCGCCGCAGGCAGACCGGCGUACAAGUACGACUUCUUAUCAGUCGAAUGUCUCUCAUACAAGCCAUGGUACGCAGCCUGGCUUCGGGGGUUUCGGUGGAGGUGUGCAGGGGCACAAUCAGCAGUACCAACAACAAGAAUCAAGAGGAGUACACCCUUCAGACCAAGACAGCGGAUCACACAACAUCCGUAGUCAGCUUGAUCAUGGAUCAAACUCUCAAGCCGCCAUCCAGGUUCACAGUCAAACACAGGUUCAACAAGAGACACAAAGCCAACGCAACCCCCAACCCAGUCACUUCGUUCAUCAGGUCGUUCUAUCGAAUGAGCCUCAAGAACAGCACCCCUCCGAACAUCAUCUCUUCCAAGCCAACGCUCCUGGGAAACACGUCGGUCCCUCGCAAGAUCAACCAUCACACAGUGGAAGCUUGCAAGAGUCGAAUGCUGCCGACUCUCACGGGGAACACGCGCAUCGUAGUGACGAAUCUCAGGCAACACCAGCCGGACCAGAAGCUGCCUAUCCAAAAAUACAAGCAGCACCGCAAGGUCUAUUCAUCGACACCGGUAGCGUUCUUGCAAGAUAGUUCAGACGACAUCUACGAUUCCACGCCUCGCCUGCCGUCUGGCCCGCCACCGCCACCUGCACAGCCAAUUAUGGCCACAAGAACCGGACAGAGUCAGGUUAGCGAAAGUUCGGCUGAUGAGGCUCCCCGCAAUGCGACCCACGCCAAUGGCAAUGCCAACGGCAACGCUUCAGCGACACUCACUCGCGGCAAAAGCACGAGGGCGGAGUUGGAAGACACCGAGGACGAGCGCAUGAGAACCAUACGGCUUGAAGCGCAAGAAGAAAAGAUCUUGGUUGAUCCGUACGAAGAGAAGCAAUCCUCGGGGAACAAGUAUAGAAAAGAAGAUGACCCAGACGCGCCCCAGAUGAGCGCGACAAGCUACCCCGGACAAGAGUGGAAUCCCUACGGAGCAGGUGGUUAUGAAGACUGGGAUUAG